AUGAAUACAACAAAUUCGGUAGAGAACCAGCAAAUGAUUCUUCGUUUACCACCAGAAAUAUUGGGAAAAAUAUUACUAUUAACGUCCUUACAAACUCGUACAAUGAUACUAUCAAGUGUUUGUAAAAAUUUUAACCAUUUUAUAUUUAAUCAUGAUAUUUUAUGGUCAAAAUUAAAUCUAAAUUCAUUAAAAAACAUUACCAAUUUUACUAUACCGAAAAUAUUUUAUCAUAAUAUACCAAAUGACACAAAAAACUAUAUAAGAGAAUUAUUUAUUAAUGACAUUAAUAUUAAUAAAGAAAGUUUAAAAGUUAUAUUGAAGAAUUGUAUAAAUCUUAAAAGUUUACAUUUAAGAACCUAUAAGGAUCUGGACAUGGAAAUCGUUAAAAAUCUUCUUGAAGAAUUAUAUGGUGAAAAGGGUGAACAGCAAACAAAUGAACAGGUAAAUGAUCAAGUAAAUGAAUCAGCAAAUGAACAAACAAAUGAACAAGCAAAUGAACAAACAAAUGAACAAGCAAAUGAACAAGUAAAUGAACGGAAUCAAGAAGUACAAGUUCAAGAAGAAAAGAGUGUUGAGGGACGACUUUCUACAGUUGUAAAAAAAUCUAUUUGCCACUUAACGACAAUUUAUUGGUAUCUUGAUCAUGAUUUUUGGAUUUGGUGGGCUCCCCCCCAAAAAACUUCUUUAGAAUCUACAUUACAAAAAUUGUCAAAUGAUCUUAAGGCUACGGUUAAAGUUCCUUGGUGUGACUUUUGUAAUCAGAAACAAGCCAGUUUCUUAAUUACUUGUAGUGGAGACUUACAUGAACAAAAAUGGAGUGUUUUUGGUUGUUUUGAAUGUACUGAUAAUGGUAAUAUUCAAGCUAAUUUUAAAUGUGAUGAAUGUUUAAAAGCUGAAAAAUUAAAAGACCAAUUGGCUAUAUCUGCUUUAGAAAGUUUAGCCCAAACUGAUGAUAAUUCAAAUGGAUCAUUUAAUAUAGUUGAAGAAAUUAUUAAUGUAAUUAAUGAAGGUGAUAAUGAAGCAGAAAAUGAUGUUAUCAUCGUUGAUGAUGACAUUGAAGAUGUUGUUGUUAUUAACAAUAAUAGUAAUAAUAAUAAUAAUGAAUAA